AUUUCCACUUUUUUUGUGUUGUUUUUAGGGCAUUUUCAUCAGCUACAUCCACAGCGUGCCGUUGUUUAUCUCUCUCCGGCCACUCUCAGCCGGCGGAGGCCUGCGGCUGGACAUUGACACAUGAAAUACAAAAGCUUGCAAACCACUUCCUGUGUCACCGGGUGAACACAACCGCCACACACAGCUUUUUAUACACACUGGUGCGAUUAAACAUGCUCCCGUUUGUCUCUAACGCGAGCUAAAUGUCCACAUCGGGGUUUCAUCGUGCUUAGCGCGGUCGAGUUUUUUAAGGUAAAAUACUGUGAUGGUGGAAGUUGUCACGUCUGAGGGGCGUGAUUAACGCAGAUCAAUCAAACUUUACGUGUUUUUUUUGUUUUUGUUUUUUCCCCGCUGGUUAGGAAUAUGGCGUAGCGAGUUAGGUGACAUCGGGAGGAAAUACAGUAUUUUUGCGUAGUAGUUCUCCGAGAAUAGCACCUACGCUACACCUAGCUUGCUAGCCGUCAAGAAAAAUAAACUAGCAACGGAAGCUUCCGGUUACGACUUUCAAAAUAGCACGACGCUGUCAUAAAAACGUACACCAAAUGAUUACUUUUCAGCAUGAAAUAAUCCAAAACGAAAUCAGAAUAACAUCGAAAGUUGGCUAUUAUCGCAAAAACAUAAAGAAUAAUGAUUAAAGCGUCAUAAUUAUUAUUCAACACUAUUAUUCUGAAGGCGAGAGCAACUCAUUUCCGGAGUCGCUGUAGCUAGGUAGCCACAGAUGGCUAACGGCAAGCUAACGCGAAGCGGCUCUGCUGGCCGCUCUGACAAGCGGUAGUCGUACGUCAACAGAAAGGAUUCACUGAAAAACAAAUAACAGACCAAAACGCGGCCGACCAACGCUCCUAAAAGGUACUUGCGAUUUAACUCUGCGGUUAACAUAACCAAUUACAAUACGGUCCGUCGUGUUUGCGGACCCCUUGUUGUGGUCAGAUAGGGCCUUUUUCUUGUGUUGAAAGGAAGACAGCCCGGGACAGCAGCAGGGAAACGUCAAAGGAGGUGACAGGAUUCAGGGGGGAGAAGCCUCAGUUUGUCAGGUGCGUGAGCCUUCCCUGAGGGAUGAGCCCAGGACUUCAGGUGGAGAUGGAUGUUUACUCCACUGUCUGAUUGCAGCCUUUUUGAAUCAGUAGGACCUGCCUCCAGAUGACCAGUGGACCGCUCAACAUGAAGCCUGUCAGCUAUCCAAGCAUGCCGUCGUCUGUGAACGGUGGGCAUCCCGCCUUGGAUCCUGUCUUGAGCAAAUCAAAUGUGAUGUAUUGUGAGAAAUGCGGAUUCGCCUCUGCAGACGCCGCUGUGUUCAAGAGGCAUGUGAUCGAGCAUAUGGGGACAAGAUUUUACUGUUUUUACUGCAACAACGUCUCAUUCAGUGAGGCAGAGUUAAAUGCUCACCUGAAGCAACACACGGCCAAGUAUCCAUUCAAGUGUCCUCACUGUGGACAGGGAUACAUGAGGAGGCUGUGCCUUGUGAAGCACAUUGAGCGUUUGCAUAGUAAAGGAAAUACUUAUGGACCUGCAAAGGCUGGCACGACAAAAAAUCUGCAAGUACCUGUCUCCAGUGCCUUAUCAAGCGUGCCCACUGCUGAUCCAUCACCACUCCGACCACUUGUUCGGGUGACGGUACCCACCCCAAGUGCAUCUGCAUUCAGACUGAGUACGGACGAUCAGAGGGGGAAAACACUGGACACCAAUGCAUCAAAUGGCAACGCGGAACAUUUGUCCCCUGUGAACGGACUCAUUCAGAACAACAGGGCAUUAACGGUCUCUCUUCCAGAGGAAGUUACGAUCCCUGCUGGCUGUUUGGUUGAACUUGUUGAGGUGAAAACUGUCAACGGGACCAAGGAGCUAAAGCUGAGGCUCGUCUCUCAGCAAGAAAACGAGUCUGUGAUAAAAGACACAAGAACCACGGUCUCUCAAAACGCUGCACUGGCAAAGCAAUCAUCAUCCACGUUGAAUCAUUCAAGCACAGUGAAAUCUAUGAAUUUGGGGAUGUGCACAGUUAACAGGAAACAGUAUGAAACCAAGACUGUGAAUGUGGAGCGUCCUGCUGUUGUGCCGGUCAAUAUGUCCAAAAACCUCCCUCCUCCUCAAAUCAGCAUAGACAAGGGUGGAUUGAAAAGGCCGUCACAAGAAAUAAUCAACUUGGAAUACACAGAAAUACCCAACAAAGUAUCCAAAAGCGUCCUGAAUCUUGUAAGAGAAGGAAAUAGUGGGAUCAAAGUUAUACAGAGGGAACCUGUGAACCAUAACGCUGCUCCGCCCGCUGUUACCUCCACCAGGGUUCCCAACCGGUUGACGAGUGCCCUCCAUCCAGAAAACAUGGGAGCACUUGUUUCUCAGAGAGUGGUGGAUGAGAGGAAGAAUUUAAUUCCAGAUCAUUCCAAGAGUAUCCCACCAAGGAGAGCAAGCGACAUAAAAAGUGUUCCUCGGGAUUUGUCGUCGGCUGUGAAGCUGGAACCCGGAGACAUCCGCCUCAAGAACAGCGCUGUUUCAAAGCCACUGGGUCUGAACCAUCAGGGUUCAAAAUCUGCCUCUCCUUCCUUGAGUGUCUCCUCAGCUGCAGUUGCACAGGUGAGACCUCCUGCGAUUUCACUCUGUAAGGACAAUGUUGCUCAUCCAUCUUUUCCAGUACCCCGGACUCUAAGUGAGCCCUCAUCAUUCAAACAACCUGGGGUUUCUAAUCGCACAAAUUCAAAGAUCUCGGGCUGGAACCAGGAGGUGAGAUCCAACGAGAGAGCUGGAGAGAGAGACAUGCCAGAACCUGAGAGUUUUCCAGUCAUCUCCUCGGUUUUUUCAUUAAGCCAACAACCAGAGGGGGUGCAAGGCUCCCUCCCACCACUGCUAAUGGCUCUGCGUGGUAUAGUAAUGGAUAAAAGCAACAGUUCUGGUAGCACAACUCGAAAUCAAGGCACUGAGCAGGUGAAGGGUGCGUCAACAUCGGGGUACUGUUCUCAGGCGGCCACAAAAGGUAGAUCCCUCAUCCGCAACCUUUUGUCGACAGAGCAGGCUAGUGAGCCUGUCAGAGUAGAGGAGCAGCGACACAAAGGCACUCAGCACCCUGCUGCACAGGCCCACAAUCAUGUCAAAGUGGAAAAAAAUCACACAGUGCCAACAGAAAAUCCCAAAUGCAGCCACACUUCAAAACCGUUAACAGAUGAGGAAAUGGUCUCUAAACCUGCCGCACACGUGGAUGCAUCUGCGACUGCAGAGCCUCCACAGCAAACGGCAGAAAAUAAGGACGACAUCUCCUCAAAGUUCCUGACCGUCUGUCUGAAAAGGGUACAAAUGGGCGUGUGGAAAAAAAACAAGAAGGGACUGAAACUUAGAAUAUCCAAGCAUAAGAAUCAGAUACCUGUGGGCAGACUUAAUGAUUGCACAGUUAUUUACCCAAUGCCGCUGAAGGUGGACCAACUUGUGAAACGACCGGGCCCGUACCAGCCUGUGGUGGUGCUCAAUCACCCGAGGCCCCGGGCCGCCACGCAGGGAGCGAGUGCAGACUCGUUAGUGGACACGGGAGCUUCAGAGGUGGUUCCUAAGUGCCAAAUCUUAAAAAUGAGGCUGGGCAAAGUGGUGGGGCAGAAGUAUGAAGUGACGGGUUGCACUGUUGGAGCAUUUCCAUGAGUUUUUCAGAAAAUCUAUCAAUGGACAGACGUGUACAUUUAUGGGAGAAAGAAACUAGUAUUACAGUGGGAAGAUGUUGACUUAAGACAUGAUAAUAGGGCAGUUAUUUUCUUUAUGGGAGGAUAUGAUAAAAAAACAAAACAUGGAUAUGUCAGUAUCAGAGCAUUAUGUUAUAUGAAUGUUGUUUAUAUAGGCAUGGGAUAUGGAUUGUUCAAGUGCAAUGCAGUUUGGCUGCUUCGAUCUGUGGAUCUUGGACAUCUGCUGUUGUAGACUGCAGUCCCAAGUACACAGACGUUUCAGAAGUUUGAGAAACCAGUUGAUCUGUCAGAGCUGAGGCAUAAAUGCAUGCUGCUUACAUUAAAAAGGCAGUGUAUUUAUCUUUUGUUUGCUUCAGUAAUGUUUUACUGUUCAUCUGGCCCCUCUUAAGAUACAAGCUGAAUUAGGUGCAGCACGUCUGGGAUCAUCAAAUCUUCGGCUGCCACUUCACUCAGAAUGUAUCAGUCAUUUUCGUGACAGUGCGGAGCGUGCACAGCUCCCAGUUUUAAUGUCCGAAAAAUCAGUCUUACGUGUCAAUUGAGUCUAAAAUAUUUGGUUCGUAACGAUAUUUAUUUAAAAUGUAGAUUUAGAAGAUUGUGUGGAUCCAAACCUCACAUGCAAUAUUUAACUAAAAUAUAUAGAAUGAAGAAAUGUCUUAUUCAAGCAUUAUUUCCUGUUUUCUGUUGUUGAUAACUCAAAGUAACAGUCUGAGGCAAAGGACACAAAAUUCCAAAUGAGUCAGUUUCAUGUAUGGAUCAUAGCACUUAUAAACCCCUAGAAUGUUCUUGCUUCUUUGACAGGAUCCCUCUUUUAAUCCUUUAGUUGACCAUGGCUACCUGCUGCAUCCCAAAAGUCAACUUUUUCAACACUAAUAAUUUCAACGAGGAAUGUCCCAGCUUUUCCAAAUGUAGCCGGUGUCAUAUAUUUGUACUCCUCUUAUCCAUGGGAGUGAAAGUCGGUAGCUUAGUGGUGCAUUCAGGCACUCUUUUGCAAUCAUUGCGAUCACUUGGGGAUUCUUCAUGUGAGGCGGACCAGUUGAAAAAGAAGACGCUGCCAAGGUGUGUACACGCGUAUACACACCUCUAUUUGUUUUUGGUAUCAGUUUGGAUAUGUUGCAUCACUGGGUGCGGCCAUGUUGGCUGGUUGUCUUUCAUUUUGCUUUGUUGUGUGAAAACAGUCAACUUCAGAAUUGUGUUAUCUACCCCAGUUUCCCACCAGUGUUUACCCCUUAGCUGCCAACUCCUGGUGAUGAACUUUACGGUUUUUAACUUGGCCCGUCGUCGAGGAGUGCCUGAACGUACCAUUAGUUUCUGAGUAUUCCUAACCGUCCACCGAAGGAUAUGAAAUAAUAACCUAACCUGUAUUCAAGGAUUACUACCAUAUGAUUUUUUUUUUUUUUUUUUUACCACUUUAGGUGUUUGUUUCCAUGCGAUUUCAAUGUCGUGUCCAUCACAUGUUUUGUGAUUAACUUAUUUGAAUUUACAGUGCCAAAAACAAGUGUUAAUGUCGAAUGCAAAACAAUCAUCUUUGGAUUAUUAUUCCUUGUGCUCAACUGUAUUCUUUUCACAUGCAUAGCCUCUUUGCAGAAAAAAAAAGCUGGUACUUAAAAAAGGAAGUUGGAUAAAAAGCAGCGGUAACUGAUUCAUUACUGUAACAGAAAGCCACGUACCUGUGUAUUAUUUUUAAAAUCUUAUCAUGUACAUAAUAAGUGACUGACGUGAUUCUGGGGAUGUUGAAAAUCUGUUCAAACUUGUAUAUUUUUCAAAAACCAUUGAGAUGACAUAAGCAAUCUUCUAUCCAAUACAUUUCUGAUGUGUUUCCUCUUCAUGCCACAGAAAUACAACACCUGUGUGUUCUCGUAUGAGGUGCUAGGCCUACGAUGAAAUCUCUAGGUUCUUGGUUGCCCACGGUUUUUUUAAGUGUGUACAUAUGUUUCCAUCACCCACAGAUUUUAUCGUGUAUAUAUCUAUAAAUAUAAAACGUGACGAGUGGUGUUCAUACUCAGUAGGGAGUGGUUAGGAUUCCUCGGCCUCUACUGCAGCAGCACAUGUGUGCUGUACCCUCCUCACGCUGCAGUGUCUCAAGCUGCCGUGCAGUCUUUGUUAUAUAUAAUUAUUUUAAGGGUGUUUAAGGGUGUGGCGAAUACUUCUGAAUGUUUUGCUUUGCCUUUCAUUUGUCAUUUGUGUGAGAAUAAGUCACGUUCCUGUUAAACCUCUUUUUGGUUUUCGUCAUACUCAAUGGUCAUUAUUGUGUUCCAUGCUUUUAUAAUAACAAUUGUGUAACUCCUCUUUUUCUAUUAAAACAAAGUAAAUGAUCACAAUUUA